UAUAUCUUUUUUGACUGAUUGUGUAUGGGACUUUGCAGGGAAAGUCACCAUGGUUGAUCAAGCUCAACACCCUACCGUCAUGCAGAAGGUAGCUGGGCAGCUCCUUCAAUCCAGUAUUUCCCAUCAAGGCUGCGAAGGAGCUUUCAACAGGCCCUCUGUGUAUCAGAGACGUGCUGCAUAUGGGAACUACUCCAAUGCUGCAUUCCAAUACCCCUUGGUGCGAUCAUGUGGAGCUACCACUGAUUUGUCCAUGGUACCAUCGACUGCAUCUACUGUUUUUGUCCAAGCCCCAUCUGAGAAAGGUCUUGCUGGUUUUGCCAUUGAUUUCCUUAUGGGAGGAGUUUCUGCUGCUGUGUCCAAAACAGCUGCAGCUCCCAUUGAGCGUGUUAAGCUUUUGAUUCAGAAUCAGGAUGAGAUGCUCAAGAGUGGUAGGCUGUCUGAACCUUACAAGGGUAUUGGUGAUUGCUUUAAGCGUACUACUAAGGAUGAGGGGUUUGUUUCUUUGUGGAGAGGAAAUACUGUCAAUGUCAUCCGUUACUUCCCCACCCAGGCCCUGAACUUCGCUUUCAAGGAUUACUUCAAGAGGCUUUUCAACUUCAAGAAAGACAGGGAUGGUUACUGGAAAUGGUUUGCUGGCAACUUGGGAUCUGGAGGUGCUGCUGGUGCCUCAUCUCUACUCUUUGUGUACUCUUUGGAUUAUGCUCGUACCCGUCUGGCCAAUGAUUCCAAGGCUGCAAAGAAGGGAGGAGAGAGACAAUUCAAUGGUCUGAUUGAUGUCUACAAGAAGACAUUGAAAUCUGAUGGCAUUGCUGGGUUGUACCGUGGAUUCAACAUUUCAUGUGUUGGAAUCAUUGUCUACCGUGGGCUGUACUUUGGAAUGUAUGAUUCUUUGAAGCCAGUUCUUCUGACUGGAAAAAUGCAGGAUAGUUUCUUUGCUAGCUUUGCCCUUGGUUGGCUCAUCACCAACGGUGCUGGUCUUUCUGCAUAUCCCAUCGACACCGUCCGUAGAAGAAUGAUGAUGACAUCUGGUGAAGCAGUCAAAUACAAGAGCUCAUUUGAUGCCUUCUCUCAGAUCUUGAAGAAUGAGGGUGCCAAGUCCCUCUUCAAGGGUGCCGGUGCAAACAUCCUCCGUGCUAUUGCUGGUGCUGGUGUGUUGGCUGGUUAUGACAAACUGCAGUUAAUCGUGUUCGGAAAGAAGUAUGGUUCUGGCGGUGGCUAAGCAGUAUUUCUUUGCUAUUUAGCUUAAGAUGGUGAUGAAAAUCGGAUAUUGAGUAUUUAUCCCAGCGGAUUUUUCUUUAAUAAUUCACAUUUUUGGGGAGUCACUCCCUAAACACAUAAUUUAAUUUUGGAAUUUUUGAUUGAUUUCAUAAA